CUGACCAAUUCAAUGAAAAAGAAGGCAGGGAAAUGGUUGCAGUCGGCUGGUGAGUUGAUUUUCAUGUUUGUACAUAAUUAAUAAAUCGUAUUGUUCAACGUACAAGUUGUGGAUUGCUCCCCAAACUGGCCGAUAUGUAGGCCAAUCUAUAUUGUGCCUAUCUUGGCUAUGUAGGCCGGUAGCUAAAGUACUAGCACGUAUAUACAUAUUCCAAUUCAAACGGUGGAAUCGCCCAGACACCCCCACGCCCCGACCUGAUAGAAUGAUGAAAGAGUAAAUCAUAGUGUGGCCUCAAAUAGUUUCUGGGUGAGCGGGGUGAUUUGAUCGAGACCUAGUGUACACAACGAGUCAUCGUAUUGGAUGGAACUCUCACGUCACCGCUCCCGACCAGACAUUGAACCUGAGACCUCAACCAACCGUCACACUCAAACAACUAUAAUGCUACCUGUGUGGGUUAAGUAUAUACAUAUUCCAUACAUACUAGCUACUAUGAGAUAGUCGAUUCAAUCGGAUUAUAUUAGAGAGACAAAUCCACGUGAUGGUUUAAUUUGGUAUAUUCUUGAGCUGGCAUGCAUCUUCCCCUUCUCAUCAUUUUCCAAUAAUAGAAUGUGCUCAUAUAUAUAGAGCCAGCCAGCACUAAGCUACGUACUCCAAUCUUGGAAAUUCACAUUCUAGCUAUUGGUCCAUCCUUGAAAUUAAAGACACUUUUAUUUCGAUUAUCUUACAUAUCUAAUCAAUAAGAUGGGGAUCAUGAAACUAGUGGGGAUGGCCGAGGCAAAGAAGAAGCUUGGAAGAACAUUAACUCCUAGGGGCAGGAAUAAAAACGAGAGUAGCGACGAAGCGGUUGUUCCGAAGGGGCACUUCGCCGUGUACGUCGGAGAAGCGCGGCGGCGGUUCGUCGUUCCGAUCGAGUAUUUGACGCAUGCUUUGUUCCAGGAUCUGUUGAGUUGGGCGGAGCAGGAGUUUGGGUAUGAGCAUCCCACCGGUGGGCUGACAAUCCCAUGUAGUGAGGAUUACUUCUUAAGCCUCACUUCCCUUCUUAGCUCCCAGCAAUCGCAAUAGGAGAAGUAAUCUAUGGGCUACUCAAUUACGAGUGAUGUAGUAGUUUAGAACGAAAUGUUUAUAGUAGGAAUUGAAUUGAUAUUUUAGUCUUGACCAUAAUAUUUACCGCCUUGGUAAAAUAUACUUGGGUAUAUAUGGAUAUUGUUACGUACGUACGUUGGUACGAUUUGAGUCCAAAUAAUUGUACCAAUAACACUUAAUGAGACAUCU